GUGAGGUCCUUCGGCUGUCCUCAGCCGUGGGGCGCGUGUGGGAGCCCCGGUGCUGGGCCUGCGGAGGUCGUAGCCACACCGUAACCCGAACCCGCGCGGUGUGUGAUCCGGCUCACAAAUAGGGCCCCCAACAAGCCUUUUCCAGCCCCCCCGUCGCCCAGGCUUGGGAACUGUUGGGAAGCCCAUCCGCCUCCUGGCCAACCAUUUCCAGGUGCAGAUCCCUAAGAUCGACGUUUAUCACUAUGACGUGGAUAUCAAACCAGAAAAACGACCCCGAAGAGUGAACAGGGAGGUGGUGGAUACUAUGGUGAGGCACUUCAAGAUGCAGAUAUUUGGUGACCGGCAGCCUGGAUACGAUGGGAAGAGGAACAUGUACACUGCACACCCAUUACCCAUCGGCAGGGACAGAGUGGAUAUGGAGGUGACGCUUCCAGGAGAGGGGAAGGACCAGACUUUUAAAGUGUCCAUUCAGUGGGUGUCAGUCGUCAGCCUUCAGAUGCUGUUGGAAGCUCUGGCAGGGCAUUUGAACGAAGUUCCUGAAGAUUCUGUGCAGGCACUGGAUGUAAUCACCCGGCACCUUCCCUCCAUGAGGUAUACUCCUGUGGGUCGCUCCUUCUUCUCCCCCCCUGAAGGCUAUUACCACCCUCUGGGGGGUGGCAGGGAGGUGUGGUUUGGUUUCCACCAGUCUGUCAGACCUGCCAUGUGGAACAUGAUGCUCAACAUUGAUGUAUCAGCAACUGCUUUCUAUCGUGCUCAGCCUAUCAUUGAGUUCAUGUGUGAGGUCUUGGACAUUCAGAACAUCAAUGAACAAACCAAGCCUCUGACAGACUCCCAGCGUGUCAAGUUUACCAAAGAAAUCAGAGGUCUGAAAGUAGAGGUUACUCACUGUGGCCAGAUGAAGAGAAAAUACCGAGUUUGCAAUGUUACUCGUCGACCAGCCAGUCAUCAGACGUUUCCCCUGCAGUUGGAAAACGGGCAGGCUAUGGAGUGUACAGUAGCUCAGUAUUUUAAGCAGAAGUACAGUCUGCAGCUAAAAUAUCCUCAUCUUCCCUGUCUGCAAGUAGGACAGGAGCAGAAACACACGUACCUACCGCUUGAGGUGUGUAACAUCGUGGCAGGCCAGAGGUGCAUCAAGAAGCUCACAGACAAUCAGACAUCAACCAUGAUAAAAGCGACUGCGAGAUCGGCGCCGGACCGGCAGGAAGAAAUCAGCAGACUCGUGAAAAGUAACAGUAUGGUUGGUGGACCUGAUCCAUAUCUGAAGGAGUUUGGUAUUGUUGUCCAUAAUGAAAUGACUGAGUUGACAGGCAGAGUUUUGCCAGCGCCAAUGCUGCAAUAUGGAGGCAGGAACAAGACUGUGGCCACACCAAACCAAGGUGUGUGGGACAUGAGAGGGAAACAGUUCUAUGCUGGCAUUGAGAUUAAAGUUUGGGCUGUUGCCUGUUUUGCUCCUCAAAAACAAUGCAGGGAAGAUUUACUAAAGAGUUUUACAGACCAGCUGCGUAAGAUCUCCAAGGACGCAGGGAUGCCGAUCCAGGGCCAGCCCUGUUUCUGUAAAUAUGCCCAGGGUGCAGACAGUGUGGAGCCCAUGUUUAAACAUCUAAAACUGACUUAUGUUGGCCUGCAGCUGAUCGUGGUGAUUCUUCCCGGCAAGACACCCGUGUAUGCUGAAGUAAAGCGGGUUGGUGACACUCUUCUUGGCAUGGCCACUCAGUGCGUUCAGGUAAAGAACGUGGUGAAAACCUCACCACAAACGCUGUCCAACCUGUGUCUGAAAAUAAAUGCAAAGCUCGGAGGAAUCAACAAUGUGCUCGUACCUCAUCAAAGGCCCUCAGUGUUCCAGCAGCCGGUGAUCUUUCUGGGAGCAGACGUCACUCACCCUCCUGCUGGGGAUGGAAAGAAGCCUUCCAUAGCUGCUGUGGUGGGCAGCAUGGACGGCCAUCCCAGCCGGUACUGCGCCACGGUGCGGGUGCAGACCUCCCGCCAGGAGACCUCGCAGGAGCUGCUGUACAGCCAGGAGGUGAUCCAGGACCUGACAAACAUGGUGCGGGAGCUGCUGAUACAGUUCUACAAGUCCACGCGUUUCAAGCCGACGAGAAUCAUUUACUACAGAGGAGGAGUGUCAGAAGGGCAGAUGAAGCAGGUAGCUUGGCCAGAACUUAUAGCAAUCCGAAAGGCCUGUAUUAGUUUGGAAGAAGACUACAGACCAGGAAUAACCUACAUUGUUGUGCAGAAAAGGCAUCACACCAGGCUGUUCUGUGCUGACAAAACUGAAAGGGUGGGUAAGAGUGGCAACGUACCAGCGGGCACCACUGUGGACAGCACCAUCACGCAUCCCUCUGAAUUUGACUUUUACCUCUGCAGCCACGCGGGAAUUCAGGGAACCAGCCGGCCCUCGCACUACCAGGUCCUGUGGGAUGACAACUGUUUCACUGCAGAUGAGCUACAGCUGCUGACCUAUCAGCUGUGUCACACCUACGUGCGCUGUACGCGAUCAGUCUCUAUUCCAGCACCUGCAUACUAUGCCAGACUGGUGGCAUUCAGGGCUAGGUACCAUCUUGUGGACAAGGAUCACGACAGUGCUGAAGGCAGCCACGUGUCAGGACAGAGUAAUGGCCGUGAUCCUCAGGCUCUGGCAAAGGCAGUGCAGAUCCACCACGAUACUCAACAUACCAUGUAUUUUGCUUGAGAGCGUUUGGGAAGAUGAGGCAAAGCCAACAACUCGUUCAGUCCUGACGUGUUGUCAAUGCCUACUGCUCUCGCUAGGGCCCUUUCUUUCAGACUGCCCACUACCAGCAGCUCUGAACGGUCGCACUGAAUCUGGACUGCAAACAAUGUCUGAUGCACCGACACAAUUGAGCCAUUCGUUCCGUUCUUUUACGUAAUAGAAAUUCAUAGACUGUCUUUUCUGAUGCAUUGGACUGAAUUUUUACCUCAAAGCGCAAAAGGCCGAUCACCCCGACGUUUUUAAAGGACUUGGCACGAAAGGUUUCUAUGGAAUAUUUUGCUAGCGAUGGUCUUUAGGUUCCCUUCUCACCCCAUGAGUUGAUGGUGACGAGUGAUUCUCCGUCCUCAGGCGCUGCUUAGUGACUGCGUAGUAUGGCGAAACUCCUCCAGUUCGAUGUCAUUGUUCUCUUGUGUGGGGCCAUAGAUUUUUUUAAUGGAGAUUUUAGACUUCACUACUGUAAAUGCCUUUUAACAGACGUAACUUUCACAGGUCUUGCAGUUUUAGUCGGUUUUACUAAUGACCUUUUUAACCUGCAGACUCGGGCUGCAAAGCAAUUGCACUAUUCUGCCAGUCCAGACCGGUGGUUCCUGCUCUGUGAAUGUGGUGAUGCCUGUCAGCAGGAUUUCAUUGUAACGGCUACCAGUAACACUGCCCUGGUCUCGUAACAAACACUGAACCAUCGUUUUCUCCCCCUCUAAAAAAAGAAAAAAAAAAAAAAAGGAUUUAAAAAAAAAAAAAGAGAAAAAAAAAAAAGAGAAAAAAAAAAAAAAAGCAAAAAAAAAAAAUUAGCUUUUAGAUAUUUUGCAGACUUUUACAAAAGUGCCCACUUUAUGCUGCUGUGUGGUUUGAUAAAUCGAAGUGAUUUUAACACUUUUUUCUCGUAGGAGGUUGAACUUUGGCAAUAAAUAUUUGUUUUCUAAGCCCCCCCCCCCCCCCCCCCCCCCCCACCGGUGUAGUUUUCUAGCUGAGGGUUGUGCAUGAGUGACCCCACGUUCUCGUGUCGUUUUCUGAGCACACAAUUUGGCAGAUUCUGAAAAACUGAGGAGAAAAGACGCACUUCCAUGCUUUUGUUUUCCUUGAAGAGUUCUUUUGAACUGCUUUAUAUCCACUGUUGGUGUCCUGUCCGCAGCUUUUCGUGUAGGUUUGGAGCUGGGUGUUGUGCGUAGGAAAGGCUCGCCCAGCUGGGCAGUGCGCCGUGUUGUGUGACAGGCAACCUGAGGACUUGAACCAGCAUUUCAGACUUCUUCCCCUGGGAUUCUGGGUUGCACACACAACUGCGUUCAGCAGCACGAUUAAUCACCCUAACGCUCGUUAUUCCGCUUCCGUCCCAGCCUGUAGAAAUUAGGGUUGUAAAAUCUGCUUGGCUUUGCUCAGCUGCAGUGCGCCGUGAAGAAGAGGGGCUUGGUUUUGCCUUUGGGAUCCGUAAAGGUAGAGCGUGAAGAGUAGGUUCCUCUUCAGCGUUAAUUAGCGUUAAUGAGCACAGAUUAACAGCGUGCUCCUAAGCUGAGUAGAGCUGGCGCCUCUCCUUGGAUCACAGUGUGAGAAGCCCAGCCAUUGCACUGUGCUCUCUGAUGCUUGCGUGGGGUUUGCUGCUAAGUUGUCUGCUGUUCCAAAGCUGAGGAACCGGCCCCUCAGAUCAGCAAUAGGAAAUGCUGUUUCCUUCGGUCAUUAAGCUUGUAAAUAAAUGGAAGUUUACAUUUCUAAAUGCUGGUUGUUCUUCAGUUGUACCACAGUACACUGAACGUAGUCUUCAAACGGUUCUCUGACCUUCUUUCAGAUAGGAUGUCGCAUUCAAUUAAGUUUAAACUUGUUCUUUUUUUCUGUUCAGAUGGGACUGAAGCAAACUCUGCUCCUGGCACGUGUAGUCAAUGAGUUUAGGUUGGAAAAAGAUGCUUUUUUUUGUUUGUUUUUUGCUUUUAUUUUUAAAGAAUACCUCACUUGUGUAAUAAAAUCAGGACAUGUGGGUGGGAGGCUGACCGCUGCUCCAGCUAGAUGGCUGCUUUCUCAGUACUCGUUCAGGGAGAAUACCAAAAAAAACCGCUUUUUUGGAAUGAACUCUGACUGACCCAACACACGUGGAGAACUUUGGCACCUUGGAAAGAAGCUGAGCGCCCUUUUUGAGUUCUAGGAUCAAAGACGGCUGUUUGGGUUUGUGCACUAGGCAGGAAGGGGGCCGGUUUCAUCGAGGGUGCGUGAGAUGUAUGGAGUUUUAUCACCAGGCGGUUUGUUGUCCGGUGCCAAGCGCUCCCAGUUCGCAUGGAGCCAAGCGAGAGCCUCUCUUCUGUUUGCCUGCGACUGCACGGGGCGUUUGAGCUCAGGCAGUGCAGGUUGCUGGGGAUUCCCAUCCCUGGAGGUGCUGUGGAUGGCGGCCCUGGGCAGCCUGAGCUGGGGGCAGCGGCCCGUGGCAGGGCUGGGGGCUGGGGGGCACGAAGGCCCCGUCCAACCCAACCGUUCUGUGAUGCUGUGUCAGAUCUCAGCUGGCUUUGGGAAGCACAGCGAGAAGCCAAACUCAGCCUGGUGUUAAAACACCCCUGCAAAGAAAAGGAAAAGACAAAAGGAUUCUGCUAAGGGUGCAGUGCUGUCACUUGGAGCAGGGAGCGCUGAAGUUCAGGACUGCUGCUUGGUGAUGAGAUCCAAGUUUUGGCAAUACUGUCCUAUGCAGGUCUGAAAGCUGAGUCUGGAGGUUGGGCUUGGUGAUCUGAGUUGUGAUGCAUGUGUCAAUCAAUGGGAAGAUGUGCAUUCUGUAGGUGUAGUUUUAAGGUGUUUUUGUUUCGUUUUUGUUCUUUUUAUAAAUAAAGCCUGUUGGCCACUGUUUAGCUAUGUGGUGUGGAGGAUUUUAAAUGUAGCAAAGUUUAAAGAGUUGGGGAAGGGGAUGGUUGAUAUUUAAUACAAAAAAAAAAAAAAAAAAAAGGGGGGGGGGGAGGCAGAAAUCCCAUGUUCAAACCAGUUCUGCUUGCUUUGUGAACAGCUGAAUUCUGAACAAGCUCUGGCAGUCGCUCGUUUGCCUGUCUGCACCAUUCCAACAGCCUGGCUUCUCUCUCGUUGCUGUGAGCUGCAUCCAGAGGGCAUGCAGAGGUGCUGACAUCAGGCACGUUGCUUCCUGCAGCGCUUCCCUUGUCCAGGCGCAGUGUCAGAGUUGUUUGCCCUGUACCAACAGCUUUGCUCUUCACUUGGUGAAGGCACGUUUGUUCAGAUGGCGUUCAACAGAACCUUCCCCCCAAACUACCUUUGUGGAUGUGCUGUAGGAUUUUUCUUGCUCAAUAGCAAGGGAGUAAGCUCUGCUUUCAUUUUAAGAAGGCGGGCUUUGGAGGGCAUUGUAUCAAUACUGUUUCAACUGCAAGGUUUUUUCCUUGUGCAUUUGAGGAAAGAUCUUGUGAUAUCACUUACAGGUUUUCUUAUACCUUGCUAUUGGCGUUUUCAUAUUUCUAUGUCUAGAGGCUGAAACUUCAGUGUAAAAUGUUUGCAUUUGUUCCUUUUGACCUACGAUGUACUUUUCGUUUCUAUAUUGUUAGACUCGUAAUGUUCAAACUGGUAUUUUAUUAACUUUGGGCUGGGUGUUUGUCUAUAGCAAUACGAGGUACUCCUUUGAAGCUGUUCUGGGUGGGAUAGCGGCCCCAUGUUGCGAUGAGAUGCUGGUUGUGUACAAUUUGCAAUGUAUUAUUAUUAUUAUUUUUUUUUUAGCCUGCAGGGAUAUUUUGUGUUCAUGUGUCCCAUAAUAAAAUGAAAAAUAAAAAGAAAAAAGAAAUGGGCA